GCAGACGCUGCAGCGUAGAGUUGGCGUUGCAAACAUAUCGCGCGACGAGGGGAUCUUUGCCUCGAUACAUCUAAUACAACCCUCGAGAGCAACACCCGUUCCUCAACCGUCGGUCGCAAUAUUACGCUUGACGCAAUACACACCGUAAACAUGAGCUCGAUCGGGUCGCGCAGCGGGCAUGGGGUGAGACUGCUCGCGCUUCGCAGGAUGGGCCGGUCGACUGCGACUCCGGGCCUUUCUGCACUCGCUGCCAGCGGCCUCGGGAACUCCAGCUCGCUAUUGAUGCCGACGCAAAGCGAUGCAAGCGGACUGCUGGUGGAGUGGGGCGCUGCGGCGCGGCGAGCCAUUAGCACGUCGGCACCAUCGGCGAUGCGCGCGGGGGGCUUUCCGCGGGGCCCCGGCUCGGAAUACUACUUCCCGCUUCCGCCUCCCGCGCACAUCGGCAUCCUGAUUGUGCCCGAGAAAACCGCCUACGUGAUCGAGCGCUUCGGACGCUAUCGCGAGACGCUGGGGAGCGGGCUACACUUCCUGGUGCCGCUGGUGGACCGGGUGGCCUACGUGCACAGCCUCAAGGAAAUGGCCAUCCCCAUCAGCCAGCAGACCGCCAUCACAAAGGACAACGUCACCAUCACAAUCGACGGCGUGCUGUACGUCAAGGUGAUGGACGCCUUUAAGGCCUCGUACGGCGUUGACAACGCGCUGUAUGCGGUGGGGCAGCUGGCGCAGACCACCAUGCGCAGUUGUGUGUACGCGGUGGGGCAGCUGGCGCAGACCACCAUGCGCAGCGAGCUGGGCAAAAUCACACUGGACAAGACGUUUGAGGAGCGCGAGGCGCUGAACCACAACAUCGUGCGGACCAUCAAUGAGGCCGCGGAGGCGUGGGGGCUGCAGAUCCUGAGGUACGAGAUCAAGGACAUCAUGCCCCCGCGCGGUAUCGUGCAGGCCAUGGAGCUGCAGGCGGAGGCGGAGCGGCGCAAGCGCGCCUCCAUCCUGGAGUCGGAGGGCCUGAGGCAGAGCAAGAUCAACGUGGCGGAGGCGGACAAACAGCAGGUCAUCCUGGCCUCGGAGGCCUCGCGGCAGCAGUCCAUCAACUUGGCGCAGGGUGAGGCCGAGGCGCUGUACGCGACCGCCGAGGCCACGGCCCGCAGCCUGGGGGUGGUGAGUGCGGCGCUGCAGCGGAGCGGCGGAGAGCAGGCGGCGGCGCUGCGCGUGGCGGAGAAAUACCUGGAGGCGUUCCGGCAACUGGCCAAGGAGACCACCACCCUGGUAAUGCCCGCCAAUGCCUCAGACCCCUCCGGCAUGGUUGCGCAGGCAAUGGCCAUCUACAAGGCCGUGUCAACCUCCCCCGCCGGCGGCAGUAGCAGUGGCAGCAGCGGCGGCAGUAGCAGCGGCAGUGGCCGGGUGUCUGCGCUGCCGAAGCCGGGGCAGGGCUUCUCCACUUUCCAGUCGCCAUCAUCCGGUGGUUCCGACCAGCUGCCGCCGCUGGGCCGCGGCAGUAGCAGCAGCGGCCAGCAGGCGGGCGAGUCGGCAGUAGCAGCAGCCGACGGCAGCAGCAGCGGCAGCAACGGCAGUAGCGGGGAGCAGCAGCUUUUCGGCGAGGGACCCAACCCCGUGCUCUCGCGCAGGCACUGAGCUACAGUAUUUAGAUUGCAUUUGUUACACGCAGUCUAAAUGCUAAGCUAUGCGGCAUGCUUUGGAUACACGUGCGCCGUUGCUGGAUUGCCUCCGGUUGCUGGAUGGAUCUGGCGGUUUUGUGAUUGGGUUGGGUGAAAUGCGAAUUCCGGACCUGGGGGCAUACGACCAAUGCAGGUGGCCGAAGGUUGCUGAGGCGCAGGGCCCACAGUCCACGGCCUGUGAUUGAUUGCGAGUGGGUGAUGCUUGGCUCGGGGUUUGAAAGGGUUUUGGGUUUUGUGUCUGAGGCUAAGACUCUGAGCACAUGGGAACCAGGGGUCCCUGAUGGGAACGGAUUUCACAACUUGAAAAGAGGCUGUCCAAAACUCACGGAUUAAGGGGUCGGGGUUUGGGAUGCACGAGCUCGGGGCGUGCCAAUGUCGCCGGUGUGUGUGCCCUGGGCCUGCAAUGGGCAAGUGCGGGCGCGCUAGGCCCGCGAGGCGCGUGGGAGGCGGUUGAGGAACGGUAGAGGAACUCCCCAAAACCCCUCAGCCCAUCCCGGUCCGCCUGUAAUACCCAAAGACC